GUGAUUAGAGUGACAGGUUUUAUGAAAGGACUUUACACGGAUUUCGAAUUGAAAUCAGAUAACGUUAAGGAUAAAGAUGCCAAAAUCAGCUUCCUUCAGAAGGCGAUUGAUGCUGUUGUGAUGGUAACAGGAGAGCCACUGUCAGUAAAACCAGCACGUGUUGUGGCUGGACACGAACCUGAAAAGACCAAUGAAUUUCUUCAAGCAAUUGGGAAGUGUUGCUUGAAUAAGCUGUCCAGUGAUGUCGCUGUAAAAAGAAUCCUUGCGGGGGAAAAAACUGAUGCUAAAGGAAAACCUCCGUCCUCAAAAUCUCGAGAUAAAGAAAGCAGAGGAUCCAAACCAGAAGAACAAAAAAGCCAUAGAAAUAAAGAAGGUAGAGGAGACACUGAAAUUAAAGACAGAAGCUCAAGCAGAGACAGAAGACCCAAAGGAGAUUUGAAAGAGAAGGAAGAAAAAGAAAGUGAUAAACAGAAGAGUAAUGAAGACAGACACAAAGACCCUGAAAGAGACACCUUUAAGGAAGGAGAAAAACAGGAAAGGGAAAGAAACAAAAGCAGAACAACCAAGCAAGGAAGAGAAACAGAAAAAAACAAGCAAAAAGAAGACACAGAAAGAGAAGACCAUCUUGGGAGUGAUAAAGGACAAGAAAGAGAGAAAAACAAUGAAGGAGGAAGAGAAAAGGACAGACUAAAAGGAAGAGACAAAGAUAAGGCUAGGGACAGAGAACGAGAGAAAGACAGAGAUAGAGGAAAAGAUCGGGAAAGGGACAGGGAAAGGGACAGGGAAAAAGAUGGAGAGCGUUUAAGAGAACAUGGAAAAGAUAAAGCAGGGAAAAAGUCUGCAGAGUCUGAGGAAUCCAUGCUUAGAAGAACUCAGAGGCCAACUAAAGACAGCAAGUGCCAGCCAGAUAACGAGGGUGAAAGUGCUGCAGGAAUAUCAAGACAGCCCUCAACAAAAGAAUCAAGGCAAUGUGCCAGACCCGGAGGAGAAGGAACUGCAGAAACUAAGAGCGUGGCAGAUAGGAUUUCGGAAGACAGCGUUGCUAAACUGCAGGAGAAAGCUGACCUGGGACUUAAAGUAAAACAGAAAGAAGAAGAAGUGGAGAAUGUGGCUCCUGAAAAGCCUGCAGUAUCUGAAAACGGUGACGUACCUAAUGACCUUCCACCUCAGCCUGUCCAAAGACGUAUUCCCCGUCCUAGCAGUGCGAGACCAGCACCGCCUCGAGUAAAACGUCAAGAAAGCACAGAGGUCUCACUUCCAGAAAGGAGUGGCAGUGGUAAAACAGUCUCAAACGUGAUCACAGACCAGCAGAUUUCUGAUGAUGACGAUGACCAGUUUGUGGUGGAAGCAGCGCUGCCACUGCCAGAAAUGCCAGAUAUGGAAACGGAGCCAGAAGUGGACCUGGCUGACGAUCAAAAGCAUG